CGGCUGGAAUUUAUAAUACUCGAUUACUUCUUUUCAGUUUUCCGAGUGACUAUUUUGAAUUUUCGAGACAAACUCUCCCAGAAAUAUAUUACUUAUGGAAAUGCUCUUUUCUUAACUUGCUCCUAUCUGAAAAGGAAACCUUGCAGGUACCGCCACAAUGCUCCCUUUUUCUAGGCAAAAGCGUCAAGACUCCGAGUUACUUAGCAGCUGGGCGAUCUGCCACUCGAACUCCAGCUCUAUGGUAUCACUCCAGGAAACGACGCGGCACCCUUUUAGUUCGGCGGCGUUGCUGUGGAAACUGUUGCUAUGAGGAGGACACCUACAGCCUUCCGACGCGGCGGCUGAGACCGAGGUGGCAGCAAGAUGAGUCAAUCGAUGACCGUUACUCGGGCGCUGGACCAUACUGGGAUCCGGUAUCGCAGGAGGAUGGCUCCGAACCGGGCUUUCGAUUUCCUUUACGAUCCAUUGUAUGUGCUAUCAAGUGAAAGAGAUCAUGCACAGGCAAACAUCCAAGCUCAUCUAAUUCAUGAUGAAAUGAGGAGAAUACCAGAAUUUAAAGCCAUGUUUAGUAAUUUGAUUCACUAUCCAUCGCACUUUGUGCAAUUAGAAGAAAAAAAUCCUGUUCCUCCAUUCAUUGAACGAAGAUGGAAAGGAAGGGCACAGCAACGCUUUGAGACUUUUCAGAAGCUUGUGGGAACUCAACCUUCACUUCAGGUGCCCAGAAUUGAAUAUGAAGAUCCUGAAGUUAGUGGAAGGAAUCGCUGGAAGUAUUUUGAACGACCUUUCAUCCCAUUUCAUAAGCCAAUUCCACUGAAUGUUGUUUAUGCAAUAUCAAAGCCAGACCUACAGGCUCAUCAAGCAAAAUCCAGAGACAAACCAGCCUAUCUCAUUACACGAACCGUGGAAACACAGACAGAUUAUCGGGAUGGUGAAGCUCAGACAGAUCCCUAUAGCCCUGAAUACAUAGCACCUUCGGGUUCAAUACCUGAAUUGUUAACUCUUGCCACGCUGACUUGGGGUCAUGGCCUUCCAGCAACACAGGCAGAAGUGGAGGUAAUUGAACGAGCCAGAGAGAAACGUGCCUGGGAGGCCACCCUUCCACCAUUGAAUGAUGCUGCGCACAUAGCAAAACGGAGGAAAAUGAUGGAGGAAAUGGAGAGAAAAGAGUGGGCCUUCCGGGAGGAAGAAAUAGAAGAACUGCAAGAAGUGAGAUUAAAGCUUCUAAAAGCCUUGCUGAUGAAACGGGAAGAGAAGCGCAAUGAAUUAAAUGUCAGUUGCUUAGAUUCACACUGGUUUAAACUCAUGCAAGAAAAAGAAAAGAAAGUGAAAAGGAUUCAACAUGAACACAUAAAAGCAAUCAGAAGACUAAUAGCCAAGGGAAAAAAUGUGGAGGGAAAACUGGAGAGAAGAAAUGUAAUUAAGGACUACACUGAAUAUGAAUCACAGCCUUAUGCUCCUUUAUCAAGAAUUGGUUACUUUCCAGAUAAUCAUGCAGAUCGUUAUGCAGUGAGGAAUUCUUUUCUCAACACCUACAAAGGAUUACUUGAACUGGAAGCAUUUUUUCCUGAUUCUGUUACACAGCCCCGAACUGAAGCUCCAAAACCCAAAAGCUUAACCACAAAAGAUGGAUUCACUAAACGGUCUGCUAGACUAGAGAUGGAACUGGCACAGGUUUACCAGAUACUGCAAGACAGGAAACAUCAUAUUAAAGAGCCACGCAAGCCACUACGUUUCCUUCAGAGGUUAUCAAAGACUUUGGGUCACCCUCCCACUCCAGAAUUGGAAAUGGCUUCACUAAUAGAUGAAGAGAGAGAAUUGGCUACAAUAACACUGCAGAAAUUAAUACGAGGCAGAGCUAUCCAAAACAUG